AUAAAUCUGAGCGGUAUUAUACAAUGAAGCAUAGCUAGUAGCCCCAGUUUCUUUCUAAAUGCGUUCUUCUAACCACUGUUUAUAGAGAACUAUCACCAUGGCCAAUUUUAAUGAAGCGGAUUUAACACCAAAUCUGACUUGCCUCAAAAAUGUUGAUACCCUUCUUCGAUGUCCCAUUUGUUUUGAGUUCCUGAGUAUCGCAGUGAUGACAAAAUGCUCUCACAACUUCUGCUCUUUGUGCAUAAGAACAUUUAUGUCCUACAAGUUGCAAUGUCCAGUGUGUAAUUCACCUACAACAGAACAGGACCUAAGAAACAACCGGAUACUGGAUGACCUGGUCACAAACUUUCAAACUGCAAGGCAGAAGUUGUCAAAAGCUAAUUUCGACUCGCCUCCAUUAUCCCCGAAGACCCCAGCCUCUACUGUCAAGUGUAAAACACACAGACAGACCAGGGGCCCCAAGAAGAAUGGCUCCAUCCUCAGUCACUUUUUCCAGAAGGGGCCAAUCACUUCCACAUCAUCUCUCACUACAGAGGCCCCGCCAGCACUUCAUACACAAACUGUGAAAGUAGACCCUGGUCAUCAGGUCUCUGUGAAUGAGGAUCCCAUGGAGGAGGAGAUACCGGCCCAGGUGCUGGUGUCUGUGAAGAUUGAGAAGAUGGACAUCUCCAUGACAGGGCUGUCGUCUCUGGCUGACUCGCCGUCCACAUCACAGGACAUGAAUCCUGUAGUUAAAGUGGAGUGUCCUGUGUGUUCUGUGGGCAUCUCUGAACAGCUCAUCAACAAGCACCUGGACACCUGUCUGACCCGAGGGGAGAAGAAGGAGAGCCUUAGGAGCUCCCUAGGUGCUAAGAGGAGGCCGAUGGGGAAGCUGGUGUACACACUGCUGUCCAUGCAGGAGCUGAAGAGGAGGCUGAAGGAGUGCCACCUCUCUGUCCAGGGUAACAAAGAUCAGCUGGUUAGGAGGCACCAGGACUUUGUACACUUCUACAAUGCCCAGUGUGACGCCCUGGAACCGAAAUCAGCCAAAGACAUUGCCAAUGAAGUGGAGGCCAACGAGAAGGCCAGGAACCAACUUCAGGGGAAAACCAAACGUGUCAUGGACUUCUCAAAGAAUCAAAGUGUGGGAAAGAUCGACGAGAUGCAUUCAACUUACAGGAGGCAGCAUAACAGUGAUUUCUCCCGCCUUAUCGCCCAGGUCCGGGGUCGCCUGGAAAAGACCAGGAAGAGGGAGAUGAAACAGAAAGUGAGGGAUGAGGGAGUAGAGGAGGACCGGAGAGCGGGCUCCAGCUCUGCAGAUAAAGCAGCAGAACAGGAACAGAGGGAUCCCAGUCCCAGUGACUCAGAGGCCUUCUGCAUAUUGAUGACAUCACCAGUGCAGGAGCCCUCUGAGGAGCAGCAGCCUUCUGUUGUAGAGGUCAUUUCCAGGUCACCCAGCUGUCUCAGUGACGUGUCCAUCAGCAGUUCCAUCUCCGACGUCUUCGCUGACAGAUGCUAUGAGCUGCCGGCUGCUGAUGAGCUGGUUGCUGAUGGGCGGGUCCUGGGGCUGGCUGAGGGUCAAUCUCAUCCUCUUCUUCCAAGUCACUGUCAGACUCCGAAUUGAUAGAGACAUGAUCCUCAUACACAGAAAAUUCUUCAUCUUCCAAAGUGGAAGAGACUCCUUCCACACUAGCUUCUCUCUCUGUAAAACAUAGUUCUAUGGCCCUCUGAGCAGAGGUUAUCUUUGCCAUACUGAUCGAUUGUGGUAAGGAGCCACACAUGCAAAACUAUUUAUUUGUUGUGUCCCUCCCCCAAUUUGUACCUGGCUGGGGUACAGUGUGGAAAAAAACUUCAUUUUUCUUUUUACAAUCUAUCAAAAUAAUGUAUUGUAAUAACAUUGUGCAGGUUCCCGCAAAACAUUGUUUAGUUUCACACACUACAAAGGGUACAGAGUGCCAGAAAAGCGGGAGACAGGCAGGGAGACAGACAGACAGGUUAUUGGUGCUAUGUUGAAAUAGCAGGCCCAGGGGGGAGUGAAGGGACACAGCAAACCUUUUUUGUUCAUAUUUUAUUUGUUUUCACCCACACACACACUUUUCCACACUUUUAUUACCAUCUGGUCCAGGGUAAUAAAAAUAAUGAUGGAG